GGCCGGCUCUCCGAGGAGGGGGAGCUGCUGUCGCCGUCGCCGCCUCAGCUUCCCACAGCCGCUACCGCUGCCGCCGCUGCCGCCUCGCCGCUUGGUCCAGCCGCCAGGCCCAGUGCUCACUUCGCCCGACCAGGGCGCUCUGCGGAGACACCCUCACUCCUUCCUGGGGUCCGGGACGCCUAGCUGGGCGUGGGGGGAAGCUCCGCUUGCGGGGUACAGGGAGGGAGGAGCCUGGAACCGGAGCCAGCGCCAGCCGUCGCCGGAUCGACAAGACAGGACAGGUUGAGGGGCGUCGGGGAAGGAAGAGGGGGUGUUAUAGGCAGUCCCGGGGAGGACCAGGAAGCCCUGUCGCAGAAAGCUCCGAUGCGCUCUUGACUUACAGGGGGUCUGCUCACAUUUGGGGACCCGUGACAACGUGGGUGCACUCCUCUCUCGGGGGGCUGGUUGGAUUGGAGGGCGUGGGAUCUAAACAGCACCAGCUGUCCCCGAGGAAAUUAAGGGGCUGCCAGAAAAAAAAGGAAAACCAAAAACCUAUGCUCCUUAUUCCGAGGUGACAGAGGGCCCUUCAGACAACCACCUGGUGUAACCACUAGGAAGGGCGGAUUUGGAGGUGACUUCAAAAGGAGUGGAGGGUAACAAGGUGAGGAAAGGGGCUCAGCAGCUGGAACGCUGUGCCACUAGAAAUGGGGGUGACUUGGUGAGAAAUGGUUUUGUCCAGAGACAGGGCCUGGGAACCUCUUCACUGAACAGGGACAGUCUGGAUAUUUCCAGAUAUAGUUUUGGGGGAUUCCAGUGGGGGGAAAAAAAGUGGGGGAUUCUGCACUUCGUGGGUGGCAAAGGAAAAGACACCCGAGGUUGGGUUCUUCCCUGACAUUGGCAGCACCCCAGCAGGAGUGAGGCGAGCUAAUACCCCCCAAACUAAGGACCCACACACUUAAGAUUGCAAGAGUGGAUUUGGCUGGAGUGCAGGGCCUGAAACAGGGUGGGAAGGUGCCUGGGAAUACUGAAACCGUAGCUUGGAAAAUUUGAGGGUCUUGGCUUUGGGACAGGGGAAGUGGGGGACAGGGACACUGGAGAUCAGGGAAAGGAGGAGUGUUCAGAAGGGGGACCAAAGUUGAGGGUGGGGUCCAUUGAGAGGUGCAGAGGCUGCAAGGUCUGGCAGGCGGAGCUAGCGCCGGGCCCAAGGGUGGGAGCUGGUGCCAGGGGUGAGGGUCGUCUAGGGCUUAUCCUCAGGUCCUCUGGGUGGGGCGGUGAGUCGGGACCGGAGCGUCAGGAGCAUGUCCUGGUGAGCGAGCGGGCUUCUCUGGAGGAGCCCAGCGCGCUCCGGACGCCCGCCGGUUUGGGGGUGUCUUCUCCCGGGGCGCCAUGGCGGCGCUGGCCAGUAGCCUGAUCCGGCAGAAGCGGGAGGUCCGCGAGCCCGGGGGCAGCCGGCCCGUGUCGGCGCAGCGGCGCGUGUGUCCCCGCGGCACCAAGUCCCUUUGCCAGAAGCAGCUCCUCAUCCUGCUGUCCAAGGUGCGACUGUGCGGGGGGCGGCCCGCGCGGCCGGACCGCGGCCCGGAGCCUCAGCUCAAAGGCAUCGUCACCAAACUGUUCUGCCGCCAGGGGUUCUACCUCCAGGCGAAUCCCGACGGGAGCAUCCAGGGCACCCCAGAGGACACCAGCUCUUUCACCCACUUCAACUUGAUCCCCGUGGGGCUCCGUGUGGUCACCAUUCAGAGUGCCAAGCUGGGUCACUACAUGGCCAUGAAUGCUGAGGGGCUUCUCUACAGCUCGCCACAUUUCACAGCUGAGUGUCGCUUUAAGGAGUGCGUCUUUGAGAAUUACUAUGUCCUGUACGCCUCUGCUCUCUACCGCCAGCGCCGUUCUGGCCGGGCCUGGUACCUGGGCCUGGACAAAGAGGGCCGAGUCAUGAAAGGCAAUCGAGUCAAGAAGACCAAGGCAGCCGCCCACUUUGUGCCCAAGCUCCUGGAAGUGGCCAUGUACCGGGAGCCUUCUCUCCACAGUGUCCCUGAGACCUCCCCUUCCAGUCCCCCUGCCCCCUGAAAUGUAGUCCCUGGACUGGAGGCUCCCUGCACUCACACCGAGCCAGCCAGCCACCACCCCAGCCCUGCUCCUGGCCCUGCUCUCACCCCUGCUGCCACACUCAUGCCCUCAGCAGCCAGGUCCCACCAGGUGCUCUAAUCUGAGGGAGCCCAGGGGCUGGCUCUGACUUCCGGAGCCGCCAAGACUCUUAGAUCCUGGGAUCUGGGAGGGGGCUCAGAGAGGGGAUUGUCUGAAAAUGGUCCUGGCUGAUCCGUUCUUUCCUCCCACACCCACACCAUCCAAAGCCUUCCCCCAAGAUGGCACUGGGGGUUCCCAAACUGACAGAACCAGGGCAUAAAUCCUCCCCACUAUGGGCUUGGCCACUUCCUGGAGCCCUUUGCCCGUUCCAUUGCUACUGAGCCAUAGAUUUUUAGGUCCACUGGAGCUCAGGAUUCCUUUCCUUCUUGCCCUACUCCACCUUCUGCCUUGUUCUGGACCGGUUCUGGAAUAUUCAGGCUCCCCAGCCAGGGCCAUUUCUGCACUCAGGCUCUGUGCUGGAACACAGGCAUGCUGCCAGGCUCUGUUCUGGAUCCAUCAUGCUUCUAUCCUUGACCCAGAUGGACCCCUGGUUUCCAAGUAGAGAGAGGCUGGAUUUAAGCCCUGUCCAGCUGUUGGCCUUGGCCUGCACUGGGACCAGUCUCAGAUCACCAUAGGUUUAACUUUCUUAUCCCAGAGACACCCAAUUCCAGAGCAUGUGUUCUAGACACAUAUGGAGCCAUACUUCCUUCUGAAUCUCAGCUCUAGGACAUAGACCACGACUCUCAGCCCUUCCCGCUGUGAUGGAACUGAGGCCUCUAUAGCCAUGUUAUUGCUUUAAAAUAAGUUCUAGGCCCACCCUCUCCCCUUCUCUAGUGAUGCCUGUUAAGGAUGAGCUCUGGAAAGGACCCAGCUAUGAUUCACAAAGAACGAAGUUCUGGAUAAAUCAAGAACCAUUUCUUGUUUUUCCUAGAUAAUUUUUUAAAAAUCUUCUUCCUCUAGAAUGCUAACCUUAUUUUUACAUGCAGUUUUUAGCUCCUGCAACUCAGCUGGGGUCCUGCCAGGGAGACAGAGUCUGAGGAAGGGCAGAGGAGUUUUGGAAGGAUCCCUGGCUCAUAGUAGGGAAGCUAGGAUGGGGAAGGGGCCAGAACCAUGCAUGAUUGGACCUGUGCCUGGGUUAUGGGGAUGUGAACACUUAGCUACCUCAGCAGGAAUUCCUUCCAGGUCCCUUUUAAAGCUGAGGUCUUUAGGGUAACUGGUCUAGAAUAAAAAAGACAAAUGAGGAGUUCCCGUUGUGGCCCAGUGGUUAACGAACCCAACUAGUAACCAUGAGGUUGGGGGUUCGAUCCCUGGCCUUGCUCAGUGGGUUAAGGAUCCGGCAUUGCCCUGAGCUGUGGUGUGGGUCGUAGACACGGCACACGGAUCCUGCGUUGCUGUGGCUCUGGUGUAGGCCGGCAGCUACAGCUCCGAUUCGACCCCUAGCCUGGGAACCUCCAUGUGCCGUGGGCGCAGCCCUCAAAAGACAAAAGACAAAAAAAAAAAAAAAAAAAAACAACCAAAAAACAAAUGAGAGGAGUUCCCGUUGUGGCUCAGAGCCUAAGAACCCGCCUAGUAUCCAUGAGGAUUCAGGUUUGAUCCCUGGCCUCACUCAGUGGGUUGAGGAUCCGGCAUUGCUGCAAGCUGCAGUGUAGGUCACAGAUGCAGCUUGGAUCCUGAAUUGCUGUGGCUGUGGCGUAGGCUGGCAGCUGCAGCUCCAAUUCAACCCCUAGGCCGGGAACUUCCAUAUGCCGCGGGUACAGCCAAAAAAAAAAAAAAAAAAAAAAAAAGACAGAUGGAACAUAGCCACACCCCCCUUUGCCACAGCAAUGAAGUGAUACCAGUUCAGCAAUAAGUCCCAUCCCUUGCCCCUACAGGUCAGGCCACGGAGGGAGGGUGAGGGCCUCUUCUCUAGACCUCAUACAUCCCAGAGCUUCUUCUGAGUAGAACUUGCUUUAUUUUACAGCCUAUAAUCUCAGCUGGGUUUUGGGUACCCAGAAAGGGCCUGACUAGAUUUUUCUGAAAAAUAUGGAGACCUAAGGGCAGGCCUGAAAAAGAUCAGAGGUCAGCAGAGAACUAGGAGGGAGGCUCUGAGUAACUUCAGACCUGGGCAAGGAAGACUGAGGGGGCGCUAAAGGGAGGGCCUGGGGCUCAGAGGCAGGUCACUUUUCCUCAGGCUCUUUCUACUUCUGGCUUGUUGCAAGAGGGGUGGAUGCUCCCCUCACCCACACAGAACCCCGCUCAGGCUCCACCCAUCUCCUGGCUCUGCUCCCCAGGGACCGGGUCUCCACUCCAUGCUUUCUCAAUUAAAGAUUAAAGACGAUUUAUACAACUGAA